GAACUAAGAUAUUUUAUAAAAAUUGUAGCUAGAUCUCUACAUGGUGGGAUUCUCAAUAAUAAUAUAUACAGACAGAACAUGGAAAACAAGUAGAGAGAUAAUAGAGGGAGAUUAACAUCACAAGAUUAAUGGAAGAAACUAUCACCAAAGAAUCAAAAUGGAAGAAAGAAGAAGAAGAAGAAGCGAAGAUCCAAAUAUACAAAUACGUUUUUGGUUUUGCAGAAGCAGCCGUCAUAAAAUGCGCCAUAGAGCUCAAAAUCGCCAAUGUCAUUGAAAGCCAUGGCAGACCAACAAUGACACUUUCUCAACUAUCCACCGCUUUAAAUUGCUCUCCACCACUUUUGUUUCGCAUAAUGAGAUUCCUCACCCAUCGAGGAAUUUUCAGAGAAGAAACCACACCUGAAAACCUCAUAGCCUAUUCUCAAACACCACUAUCUCAUAUGCUCAUUAAUGUAGCUCCUUUACUUUUGCUUGAGAAUAGCCCAGAAAUUGUUGCAUCAUGGCACAAUCUUAGUGCAAAGCUUAAGAAUAGUUACAAUAAUAAUGAAAAUAGUGAUUUAGUAGUGCCAUUUGAAGUAGCUCAUGGGAAGGAUAUUUGGAGUUAUGGUGCAAGAAAUCCAGGGUUUAAUAGAAUGUUUAAUGAGGGAUUGGGUUGUAAUGCAAGGGUUAUCACUUUGCCUGCGAUACUUGAGAACUGUGGAGAUAUAUUUAAUGGAGUUGAGAGUUUGGUGGAUGUGGGAGGAGGGAAUGGGACUACUUUGAGUGUUUUGGUUAAGGCUUUUCCAUGGAUGAAAGGUAUUAACUUUGAUCUUCCAAAUGUUGUGUCAACUUCAGAAAAGUAUGAUGGUGUGGAACAUGUUGGUGGAAAUAUGCUUGAUUUUGUUCCAAAGGCUGAUGCUGCUUUCUUCAUGUAGUGUUCGUUGACUGAUGAGGAGUAUUCCUUACCUCCGAAGUCGUCAAUCACAUGUUCGAUCGGUGUUGUUCGUGGAUAUGCAUUUCGGGUUUAGCCCAUUCGACAUUGUCUUGCCGAUUUGCCUCUGCGUGUUCCUGUUGCUGAUUUGUGUUGGCCUUUACUGAUUUUGGACCGAUGCUAUACGCCACACCCUUUUUUGUGGCAAUCGGUGAGGUUGGCUUAUGGUAGGGAGGUAACUUCAAUCUUUUGUUUUUUUUUUUAUGA